CAUCAGUCUACAAUCGGAAGUCGUCAUGUAUUCAAAUCAGUUUAAGUAGUCCAUGAAGAAAGCUACUUGCAGCUUAUUAAAUUGCACAGUCGUUAAGUUUCACUUCAAUAUAAUAUUGAGAUCAUUUGCAUAGUUUUCCUCGUUCUUUGCAAUCUUACGUUGUGUGUAUUAUUAUCGUAUAAGUGAAAAAGAAACAGUAACGAUGGCUCUGAAAAAAUUUACAACAGUGCUUUUGAUAGAAAUCUUUAUUUUACCGAUUGUUCUCGAGGCACGCUUUUAUCAUGGGCAAGAGUCUUACAGACAGUAUUACGACAAUCGCCGCAUUAAUAGCGAGCAAUUGAAGGAUCCGGUGAAGAUUCCCGAAGAAUCGUAUUACGAUCACAAUGACGUAAAUAAAGAAAUAAAUUCGCGCUUUGGAGAUAACAAGCAUACGAAUUUCGACAGUAGUUUUGUAUUUCCGGAUGACAGAUUGCAAGCGCGAAAUGGCGCUGGUACCUAUAUAAUCAGUCCACCGGCGAAGUGCGAUGAUAAGCAGCAAACCUUCUGCGAACAUGUCCCAAAUUAUCCUGAAGAAUUUGUGAAUCAAGCAAUUGCGAACAAUUCCAGCUUGUUGCAUUAUGCGUACGAAGAUAUUUUAACCAUUGAACCGCGAACAGAGAUCAGUGAGGAACCGCUUUGUGUCUCUGUGGAGCGAGUGAUUCGUCCAAAAACGGGUCAAAACUUGAAUAACAAAUGGCGUUACAUCCUUCAAUCGAACGAGUCGAAUUUUUAUCAAAGUGUACGAAUCGAAACUUGCAAAGAAGAAAAUGCUAAAUGCAGAAUGAUUGACGGUUUUGCUGAGGGAUACAUCACAACAUGCAAACAGAAAUAUAUUUAUCGCGAGUUGUCAGCCCUCUCCGACAAUGGUGAGAUCGGCCGCGAUUAUUUCCGCUUUCCUGCGAGUUGUUGCUGCCAUGUUCAGUUCAACGUCGACGACGAAGUUGUCAAAUGGAGAAUAUAAUCAGCUUCAGAAAAUAUUCCGGAGUUUCGUCCAUAGAUAACACAUAUAAAGAAUAUUUUUAAAAAUAUUUUAUAGAUUUGUAGAUAUUUUUUAGUUAUUCUCUAAUCGUGAAAUUAGUAGCUUAGAGUUUAAUUGCAAAAAAGAGAAGAGAAUGAUUGAUCUCGUUCGUAUUAAGAGCUUUUCAAAACGUUGAAUGCCGAAUAAGAUAUUCUGAUAAUCUGAAAGAAAAUGAAAAUUAAAGAAGCAUGCAACAACAUGUAAGUCAAUAAUUAUUAAAAAUAUUUUUAGUAUCAUUAA